UAAAUUAACUUUAAGAAACAAUGGAUAAAAAAUGGAUGUUUGCGGACCGAUUUUCAGAGGAAUAUGAAAAUGGAGUAGAAGAGUUUGUUAAAUUUGCUGUGAAACAUGCCACUGACCGCGAUCGAAUCAUUUGUCCUUGCUUAAAUUGUUGUUAUGGAGGAAGGGGUAAUGGGGUUGUGUUGCGAAAUCAUUUACUGGCGAACGGAAUUGAUCGAAGCUACACAUGUUGGACAAUGCAUGGUGAGAUGAGUAACAACAACGUAGAUUUUCAGAAUAAUGAGACAUAUGAAUCAAAUGAAUUUGACACAAAUACAUUUGACCAUGAUCGAGUUGACGAAAUGCUAGAUGUAGUUAAAGAAGAUCUUCGGGAUUGUCCUGAAAUGUUUGAGAGAUUGGUUAGUGAUUCAGAGAAACCAUUAUACGAUGGUUGCAGCAAAUUCACAAGACUGUCUGCAGUAUUGAAGUUGUACAAUAUAAAAGCGAGAAAUGGAUGGUCUGAUAAAAGCUUCACAGACUUGUUAACCCUUCUGAUAGAUAUGCUGCCAAAGGAUAAUGUUCUUCCUAGUAGAAACUAUGAAGCCAAAAAAAUGUUGUGCUCGAUUGGCAUGAGUUAUGAAAAGAUACACGCUUGUCCUAACGAUUGCAUUUUGUUUCGAAAUGAAUACGCAUCGUUAAAUGAGUGUCCUAAAUGUAAUGUCUCUCGAUAUAAGAAAGAAUUUAUUCCUGCGAAAGUCGUAUGGUAUCUUCCUAUAAUACCGAGAUUCAGGCGCAUGUUUAGUAGUGAAGUUGAUGCAAAACAUUUGACAUGGCACAAAUAUGAUAGAAUUAGAGAUGGGAAGUUUCGGCACCCUGCAGAUUCGCCACAGUGGGCUAAAAUUGAUCAUGAUUAUCCUGAUUUUGGGAAAGAAGCAAGAAAUCUACGCUUGGCACUGUCUACUGAUGGAAUGAACCCACAUGGUUUUCAAAGUAUCCCAAAUACCGUAUGGCCUGUGAUUUUGGUGAUUUAUAACUUGCCUCCAUGGUUAUGUAUGAAGCGUAAGUUCAUGAUGUUGUCGAUGUUAAUUUCUGGGCGCAAUCAACCAGGGAAUGAUAUUGACGUGUACUUGGCACCUUUAAUUGAUGAUUUGAAGCUCAUACCUGAUGAUGUUGCUGGUAUAAGGUUGGUUAGAGAUGCAAUAGGAACAUAUGUGGCAUGGCAAAGAAACCUCAUUUCCCUUAAUCUUGAGACUCCUGCAACAUAUAAAGGCAAUGGUAACGAUGGGAUUAGGAGGGGUGACGAGUCGGUCACUUCAAAAAAACAGAUUCAAACACAAAAAUUGCAUGAAGGCACUAAAAUCAUCAAGGAUAAACCAAGAAAUAUGUCUCAUGCACAAAAGUCGAAAGAAGUCAAUAAUAAGGGUAGACAUAGCAAUAUUCCAAUCACAAAACAAAGACAAGAUAUUGCAAAAACCAAACAUCAAAAACCUAACUCUACAAAGUGUCGUCCAUCAUGGGUGUUAGCUCUUAAAUCAUUGGUGGAAGUGCAAAUGGAAAACUCAGAUACGCGUCAGAUAACUAUGGAGGAAGGUAUUUUUGGUGAAGAACAGUAUAAUGAAGAAAUUACCAAAGAACAAAUGUAUGAGUUUUUCAACAAUACAGAAAUAGGUGUCUCUGUUGUCUGCGUAUAUAUCAGGUACUUGUAUGAGAAGUUUGUGCGCGACACUGAUGUCCCAAGGAAAUUCUCCUUCUUAUCCCCCCAUCGAAUAUCCUUGGUGUUAAUUGAAGCAGAACAAGAAUUUGUCAAAGCAUACAUGGUUAAGGAAUUCUUGAAAUAUAAAGAUGAGCACAAGUUAUUUAUUCUACCAUUUUAUAUACAUAAGCCUAUUGGACAUUGGGUGUUAUUUGUCAUUAAUCCCAUAUCGGAAAUCAUAUAUUAUAUGGAUCCAUUACUCAAUGACUAUAUGAAUUACCCAAAAAUGAAGAGUAUGUUUGACACAGUUCUAAAGGUAUUUCGCGCUGCAAGGAACGCUCAAGUAUCAAAGAAUAAAUUUAACAACAUAUCAUGGGUCCGAGUACAGUGUCCUCGCCAAGAAAAUGGUAUAGAUUGCGGGUACUUUGUGAUGAGGUUUAUGAAAGAGAUUCUCAUUUCGAAACUAAAUGAGAUUCCAAAGCUGUACAUUGAGGGUUUCAAGUGUGCGACAUACUCAAAUGAUAAACUAAGAAAAAUCCAAGAAGAAUGGUGUCAGUUCAUGAUGAGCCUUUUGUUUAUAUGAUAUUUUUAUGAUAAGGGUGGUGGAGAGUGAACAAAAUUUGGAAAUUUUGCCUGCUUUUUGUGAAUAUAAAUUUUGAGACGACCAAGAAGAUAGAUGAAGACAUGCUACCAUAGAAGAUUUUGAUCUUAUAUUAACUAAUUAAUUAGUU